UUUCUCUUUUUUGUAAAAUAGAAUAAAAAGGUGAAAAUAACCACAGUAUUUUUAAAAAUUCAAGAAAAACAUUACAUUUUAACUCACAACAUUACACUAGAAUGGGUCAAUGCGUUCUAGGCUACAGCCGAAACAGGCCUUCAAGUCAUCAAUCAAUAACUGUGAAUGAUUUGGAAAAUGAAGCCACAAAAAAAGAUAUUUUAAUGUUGAUCAAGCCGCUCUUCUGGCCUGAAAAAUCAGAUCUCACUUCACGUCCGUAUAUAUUUCUAAGGUUCCUGAUCCUAUUAUCACUAUUCUCGUUGUUUGUCGGUAAAGCUUUGUCAAUUUUGGCCCCAAUGUACAUUGGAUGGACAUUGGAUCAAUUGGUGCUGAGGAACAAAAAUGAAACCAUAAUAAAUUUGUUUUUAUACUUUCUUUUGCUUUUUUUCGCAAUUUGCUUCGAUGAAUUGAGGAACUUCACAUAUCGAUAUGUUCAAUUCAUAUGCAUAAAUGAUUUAUCACUCAAGCUAUACAAGCACGUUCACUCCCUGAAUUAUCACUGGUUUACAACGUCCAGAGCUGGACAGAUCGUGAGAUCCAUAUAUAGAGGAUGCGAGAGCAUGAGAGAGCUGUCGCAAUUUGGAAUAAUCACACUGGUUCCGACCAUACUGGAGUCGAUUAUAAUUAUUAUAGUGUUCUUCAGCGUAUACAGGAACUACUUACUCGGAAUCAUACUGUUAGUCGGUCUUGUUGUCUAUUUCACACUAACGAUUUUGGUGACCAACUGGCGUAUGAAGACAAGAGAAGCGCAAAACGACAAGGAUAACGAAAUGCACUCGAUUGCCAGUGACUCAGUGAAUAAUUUCGAAUCAGUGAAACUGUUUACAAAUGAGAAGUUCGAGCUCGCCAAAUACGCCAAGGCAGUUGGAUUGUACGAACUCUUCAAUUAUAAAGUCCUCAACUCUCUAUCACUCAUCAAUAUAGGACAGGAUUUCGUGGUUCAAACAACCACAUUUUUGUGUUUACUCAUGGGGAUUUUCCAGAUUUUAAAGGAUAAAACCAAAAUCGGCACAUUCACCGUUAUAUUGACAUAUUUAUUCCGUAUAUUUAAACCACUGUACAUAUUGGGAACCGUAUAUAGUACCAUAAUAAAGGGCCUCGUAGGCAUUCAAGAUGCAGCAAAUCUCUUGAAAAUAAAGAGUACCGUCGAAGAUUCUCCAGACUGCGUUGAGUUGGACCUCGACACAGAACACGAUCCAUUGAUCGAGUUCCGCGACGUUACCUUCUCCUACAUUACAGAUAGUUGUCCAAUGAAUAAUUUGAUACUGAAAAAAGUGAGCUUUUCACUCAGUAAAAAUCAGUCACUGGCCAUUGUUGGACCAACAGGAACUGGAAAGACGACUAUUUUCAGGUUAUUAUGCAGGCUUUAUGACCCAUUAAGGGGUGAGGUGUUGAUAAAUGGAAAGUCCAUUAAACAAUAUUCACAAGAGAGUUUGAGGUCUAAACUGGGAGUGGUUUCUCAGGAUACAAUUUUAUUCCACGAUUCCAUAAGAAAUAAUGUGAGGUACGCGAAGCCAGAUGCUACCGAUGACGAGGUUUACGAGGCAUUGAAAAAGGCUGAAUUCUACGAUAGAGUAAUGGAAUUCCCAAAUAAACUAGAUACCCUCGUUGGAGAUAGGGGAAUAAAAUUAUCAGGUGGAGAAAAGCAAAGAGUCUCAAUCGCAAGAUGUUUCUUGAAAAAUCCACCGAUAAUCAUACUCGACGAAGCCACCAGCUCACUGGACUCGAAGACUGAAUCACAAAUACAAAACACAAUCAACUCUCUCAUUAACAAGAAGACAACAAUCACCAUCGCACAUAGAUUAUCAACCAUCAUUAGUGCCGAUUUAAUUCUAGUGCUUAACAAGGGGGAGAUCAUAGAGCAAGGAAAACACGAGGAGUUGUUGAAACUGAACGGGUUUUACAAAUCAUUGUGGGAUGUUCAGCGCAAGAAACAGUCUGAAAUUUUAGACCAAGAUGUAAUAUAG